ACGCUCCUCCGCUAGGCUUCUGUGAAAGUGGCCAGACAUGACUUGGGGUGCCCCCAAGCCCUGCCCGGAACGUGGGGCUUACCAAGGGCAACGAUCUUGCUCGCAACGACCAGAGGGAAGGGCUGGCGAUCGCCAAAGUGGCCAACGAGACGGCAGCCAUUACGACGGCAGAUUUUGAACACAUAUGGAGGAGGGAUGUGGUCGAGAGGCAUUAGCCGAUCAUGGGCCGCGCUCGAGUGUGGGGGCAUCCUGGUCGAUAUCUCGAAGACCCCAAGCCAGGUAGGCACACCGAAAAAGCAGGAGCGUGGGCGCGCGGGUGACUGCUGGCCAGACAAAGAAAGUAACUCAGAUCCGUGGGGGAUACUGUCGUCUCUUGUGCAUCCUUCCAACGACACUAGGUGGCUAGGAAUUAAUUGUUGUCAAAAUCUGACUCCAGAGGAUGAUUCGAGCACGGGUAUGCAGGACUACGGGACUGCCCCACUAGUUAGCCGUACACCCCUUGGAUCUUGCCUAAGCUCGCCGCAAUGUUCCGAGGAGUUGUCGAGUGUCAGAUGCGCCGUCAGGUGUAUCGUCAGCCAGGACAAGGCAAAGUUCGGCAUAGCUCGCCGCUCUGCUCGUCUCACGCUGCUCGCUCGUAAAAGUCUUCUCCGUACAUUUCACGUAGGGCAACUCUGGCAGGCCUUGCCUUGUUCCCAGCCUGAAGAUUAUCUGGAGCGCCCUGCCAACAUUAUCUCGCAAUGCUCAGCUGCGCCAAUGGCGCCCCGGACUGCCACCAGACGGCACAGCCAGGUCGACGACUUUGACUCGCUUGGGCGUCGAGGUGGUUUGCCAGGCAUGAUACAUCCGCAAAGGCGUUGCCAAAGUCCCAUAGUAGCUGCUGUAUGGAUCCGCUAGCCUUUCACUCUGUUGGUGGCUGCUUGAGAGCGCCCGUCGUGGUGGUGCCGCGGGGGCCCCGCUUGGUUGGCUUGGGGACCGCCGAUGUGCGCCCGCGCAAGCGUCCGGGGUGGAAGCCUUGCUGUCGUGAUAUCGUCGUACGCUGAUUCGCCAGCCGCCCGCUAUUUC